AUGUGGAAUCCACCAGAGUUCAUUCUUGAAGCUGCUUCUUCAAACCCACAAGAAAACUCACUGCUGGACUCCAGCCCCAGGGCCCAAGACCUCAGGACCCAAGACCUCAGGACCCAAGACCUCAGGACCCAAGACCUCAGGACCCAAGACCUCAGGGCCCAAGACCUCAGGACCCAAGACCUCAGGGCCCAAGACCUCAGGGCCCAAGACCUCAGGGCCCAAGACCUCAGAGCCCAAGACCUCAGGCCCAAGACCUCAGGACCCAAGACCUCAGGGCCCAAGACCUCAGGGCCCAAGACCUCAGGGCCCAAGACCUCAGGGCCCAAGACCUCAGGGCCCAAGACCUCAGGGCCCAAGACCUCAGGGCCCAAGACCUCAGGGCCCAAGCCCUCAGAGCGACACAAGAAGAAGAGCUCCAGAAGCUUCUGCAGGAUCAUAAACAGCGUCUGA